GCGCUAAACGCACGUUCGAGAGAGGCAAUGCCAGAGCGCGAGCUGCUGGUGCUUGAGGCGGGCGCUGCGCGUGCGCAGAAGUGUAAUCGAGAAAGGUGUGCUGAGGCUGGAGGUGGAAGCGCGGCGCCGGUGAGGUGAGGUGAGGUGAGGUGAGAAGGUGUCGGGCUGGUGGAGACACCCAACCAUUUGGCCGCCUCCGGUCGUUUUAGGCCAAGAUCUCCUCACCAUAGCUCGAGGCUUUUGUUUGGGGACCUUAAAACAUCUUUGUAAGAGAAACUGACUACAAUUUUAAGAAAAGGAAUCUGAAUCUUGGAGAACGGAUGAGACCAUUGGCCACUGGUCGUGGACCAAGAUGGGCCAGAGUCCUUACCCAGAAUUUUUUGAACUGAGAGAAAGAAAGAAAACCCCUCUCCAGUGUGGAAGCCAUAAAAUGUAAAACAGGAGCUGUCAGCAGCCACCCGUCCUGCCAUAUGGAACCAGCUGGUCUGCAAUGAAAAAGGAGCCGACAUGCAAAAUGCAGCCGAGGCUGGGCGUGGUUGCACACGCCUGUAAUUCCAACACCUGGAAGGCUGAGGCAGGAGGGUCACCAAGAGUUUGAGGCCAGCCUGGGGUACAUCGUGAGUUCCAGCGUCAGCCUGCACUACAAAGUGAGGCCCUGUCUCCAAAAAACAAAAACCCAACAACAGAAACCUCUUUCCUUGAUAACCAUGUGUGCUCAAUACUGCAUCUCCUAUGCUGAUGUUGAAAAAGCUCAUACCAACAUUCAAGAUUAUGUACACCUCACACCAGUGCUAACAAGCUCCAUUUUGAAUCAAGUAGCAGGGCGCAAUCUUUUCUUCAAAUGUGAACUCUUCCAGAAAACUGGAUCUUUUAAGAUUCGUGGUGCCCUUAAUGCCAUCAGAGGCCUAAAUGCUGCCACUUUAGGAGGGAAGCCCAAAGCUGUUGUUACUCACAGCAGCGGAAACCAUGGCCAGGCUCUCACCUAUGCUGCCAAAUUAGAAGGGAUUCCUGCUUAUAUUGUGGUGCCCCAAACAGCUCCCAACUGUAAAAAACUGGCAAUACAAGCCUAUGGAGCUUCCAUAAUAUACAGUGGACAGAGUGAUGAGUCUAGAGAAAAGGUUACAAAAAGAAUUAUGGAAGAAACAGAAGGCAUCCUGGUACAUCCUAACCAAGAGCCUGCAGUGAUAGCUGGACAAGGAACCAUUGCUCUGGAAGUGCUGAACCAGGUUCCCUUGGUGGAUGCACUGGUGGUACCUGUAGGGGGAGGAGGAAUGGUUGCUGGAAUAGCAAUUACAGUUAAGGCUCUGAAACCUAGUGUGAAGGUAUAUGCUGCUGAACCCUUAAAUGCAGAUGACUGCUACCAGUCCAAACUCAAAGGGGAAUUGACCCCCAAUACUUAUCCUCCAGAAACUGUAGCAGAUGGUGUCAAAUCCAGCAUUGGCACAAACACCUGGCCUAUCAUAAGGGAUCUUGUGGAUGAUGUCUUCACUGUUACAGAGGAUGAAAUUAAGUAUGCAACCCAGCUUGUGUGGGAGAGGAUGAAACUGCUCAUUGAACCUACAGCUGGUGUUGGAGUAGCCGCUGUGCUGUCUCACAACUUUCAAACAGUUUCUCCAGAAGUAAAGAAUGUUUGUAUUGUGCUAAGUGGUGGAAAUGUAGACUUAACCUCCCUAACUUGGGUGAAGCCAGCUGAGAGGCCAGGUCCUUAUUAGCCAUUCAUCUGUGUAAAACAAAGAGAUGUGAUUAUCUUUACAUACGUGAAAUUAUUGUUUUCCAUAUUCUCUUAGUUUUCAAAAUCCUAAUGGAGAAUGUAUUUCAGUGAGAUUUAAUAAAGUUGCAGUAGAAUAA